CCAGCUUGGGAGUGUUUGCGUGCCGCAGACUCGAGCUGCACUCGGUUCCUGCUUCGCUUUCAGUAGCGUUUGGAAUCAGCCGGCGGAGGACCGAAGCGCUGUCCAUUCAGCACCACCCGGAAAAGAAGCCACUGCCAGCCCUUUUGCGCAAUCGGCCUGAGCCUCCUUCUUAGAGCGUGGGGUGCCCCGCAGUCUGGAGAGUGAGGUCUAAGGAUGGUGAAACUGGGGAGCAAUUUGAAUGACAAGAACAAGCAACAACCGUCCAAUGAGGAUGGUUUCCAGACAGUUCCUUUGAUAACACCCUUGGAAGUAAAUCACUUGCAGUUCCCAGCUCCGGAAAAGGUGAUUGUGAAAACAAGAACAGAAUAUCAACCAGACCAGAAGAACAAAGGAAAACUCAGAGUGCCCAAAAUUGCUGAAUUCACAGUCAGUUUCACUGAUGGUGUAACAGAAAGAUUAAAGGUCACUAUUCUCAUAAGUUUGGCCCUUGCGUUCCUUGCCUGCAUAGUGUUCCUUGUGGUAUACAAAGCUUUUACCUACGACCACAGUUGCCCAGAUGGAUUUGUUUAUAAGCAUAAACGGUGCAUCCCAGCCUCCCUGGAUGCCUACUAUUCAGCUCAGGAUUCCAACUCCAGGGGCAGAUUCUACACCGUCAUCAGCCAUUACAGCAUGGCCAAGCAAACCAGCUCGCGGUCCGUCUCUCCCUGGCUUUCUUCAGGAUCGGCAAAUCAUGAAGCCAAGGCCACCAAGACAGAAGGCCAUUAAAGCCAUUUGAUGGUGUGAAGAUAGAGGGGAAUGGGGAAAAUAACAUCAUGUCUCUAAAGCAUUGCUCUUGUUCAGAGAGGGCACCGUGCUAUCUGUGCAACAAGAAUAAACUAACUCCAAGUGCAGGUGUCAUCUUAAUGGAUCUCUCCCUCCCUCCCGCCCUCCCUCGUCUCUUCCUUCCCUUCCUCUCUUCCUUCCCUUCCUCUCUCUCUCUUUGGUGCAUUGUUCUCGUUGAUUUGUAACUAAGUCAAGAUCUUGUACAAAGGCAUGUUAGGUGUUGACUAUAUCUUACAAUGUACAAAUAUUUUUAAAACCAUUGCUUAAUAUUUGUUAGAAAAAUAAAAAUUAAAAAACAAAAAAAAAAAGCAAAUUCCAAGAACAUUCACAAGAGAGCAGAAGAAAUGGCAAACAUAAUUUCUCAGGCUUUAAUUGGCUGAGAAGAUGGAGCCCUGAAACAGGAAAAGAAAAAAAAUGACCCCAAACAUGUUUGUCAGAAUGUAAUGUGAAAGGGAAUCUGUAACAACUAAUGACGGUGGAGGGGCACUUUAUGAUGUCACAAUGGGUUCGAAACAUCAAAUAGUUCUCAGGUGCCUGAGAUGUGGCCCAUCUCAAGGCUCUCUUGGUUCUCUGAUGCUCGUGGAGCUACCUAACCUUGAUAUAAAAAGGAAGGCCCUUGCUUAUGUACAUUUGGAGCUUCAGCACAUACAGUGAACGUACUGUGGUUGCUACCUCUCACAGAGGGAAAUACUGGCUGUAGCUCAUUGGCAUAUGUGCAUUCAGAAAUACAAUGUGUGCAAAGUUUCUAUGACUACCAAGUGAGUUUAAAAUACACCCCCCUCCCACCCACCCCCCGAAAAACAAAGGUGCCAAAGCUCAUUAGGAACAGACCAAGUUACAGCUUGUCAGGUGGCAACCCUAUCUCUUUCUGAUGCCCACAUUAUGCAAAUGGAAGUGUCUAACUAUGGAGGCCCAGAGGAGGAGAAUCAAUAAAUUAAAAUGUGAAUUUCAAAAGAACAGAUGGUGCAAAAGGCAAAUCGGGGUAUCUGAAAUAACCUCCAAAUUUCUGUCCCAGGUGUCAGAAGGGUCCUGUGCUGGAUAGUAUUUUGAGGGAGAUAAGCCAGUUGAAUUAACAUAUUCUGCAGAUAAUUAAUAGCUUACAAAAAAGGUUCUAUGAACACAGUCCAGAGGUGGGCUCCUGCCAGAUCUGGUUUUUGCAUCUGUUCCCUCUUCAGCUGUCCUUAAUCCCAUUGAACCUCAAAAUUCAUUUUUUCCAAAUGCAAAGUAAUUUUAAAAGUAGCCUGUGGUUUAGUGUGGAGCUGAUGUGGAAGAAACAGACAGAAAGGCCCCAAAUAUAUUUGUGCUCACUCUCCUGUAUACACGUGGGAUUCAUCCUGCUCAAAGAUGGCUAGAUUCUUAAGGAUGCAUUUUUUAACCUAUUCUAGGCUCACUUUCCCCAUAAGCUGUGACACCCAACUCUAAAUACCCUACUUGUGCGAUGAGAAUGGGAAAGAGAUGCAGGACAGUGUGAAGUCUGGUUCCUGGGUAGUGCAAGUUCUCAGUGGACAUGUUGUAUGAGUCUGCCCAAGUCCGGUUCCCAAGCCUUCUGCCUGACAUUCACCUAACAUUCUCUGUUUUAAGUAUCGACCACAAAUGCCAGGUUAGGGUUGACCAAAUGUUGGGUGCAGGCUUGAGAACUGGACUUUGGUGGGUUGGCAUGACAUGCCUGCCAGGCGUACACACUCCUUGGGAUCUGAACUUUGCACCAAUCAUGUGAAGCCGCCUAUAGAGUCACAUUAUAUGUGCCAUUUUUCCUACAUCUAAAUGAUCUGUGAGUAAACAAAAAUAAAAGCCCCCUUCAGAUGUUAUAAGGAUCUCAAUCUUUCCUUCAUGAAAGUUUCCUUCAUGAAAUGUGCCUGUCUGUAUUUAAUUUUUUUAAAUAACUUGAAUGUCCCUAAACACCAAGCAGAUCAAGGGUGCAUAAAUUGGAACAUAACCAGAAGUAAUGAGACUUUAUGUUAUUUUUCUUAUGAAAAAUAUAGACGAUAAUAGUCUGAUUGGUAAUGUACUGUACUCUACAGUUACUUGCCUGGAUGAGUGGUGCAUUUAGAAGUGCUUGCUUUCACUAAGUUGGUUUGUGUCAGCUUUGCUUUCAUGAAGGAGGAGGAAACAGGGCAUGAUCUGUCAAGCAUGAUUCCCAUCUGAAUUUUAUUUGUGUUAAUGAGAUUUGCUUGGGAGUGGUCCGUGGGAGCAGUGCUUGGUUGAUUAUGCCCCAAUUAUGCCCAUUAAAUUAAACUGAACUGAAUUCAAAGGAAACUAAGCAAUUUUGAACUGAUUUAUUCCUAACAAAAUGAGAGGCUUAAAAGGUCAACUCCAAAGUCAGUUAUCUGUUUUACGUCAAAAUACUUAUAUUUGGUUUGCAGAAAAUGGGGGGGGGGGGGAAACAACCCAUUGAGCUGAACACUGGUUCAAAAGGAGUCAUGAUAAAUGGUUGUAUACUGUAGCCAAAACUGUAGUGCCAAAUCUCAUUGUCUGACUUUUUAUCUGUCUCUACCCUUUCCCCCUUCAUAAUUCAUCUGUAAAUCCAUUUCUCACCUAAAAUGUACAAAUACAUGGGUAAGCCCCAACAAUGCCCAGAUCAACCACUGGACAAUUUAUAAUUCUGUGAUGUAUUUUAUGUCAGUAGGUAGCAGAGACUGAAGUAUUUUUUGGUGUAGUUCUUGACCUUUUCUGACAGGACAAAUAAAGCUAGAUGUGUCUGAGCGUC